UAAUCUGAGAGUGCGUGCUGACAUCUUUCUUGUUCAACAAAAUUGAACUGCGAAAACGGAUCGAGUUUUCUUCGAUUCAUCAUACGUUUUUUAGGAUCUCGGCAAUAAUGUUUCAUGUAUUCAUCAUUCAAAUCCAUUCAGACGAGGCAUGAGUGGUAGAGGGAGACGGAAUGGAGUCGUUCGAUGAGAGCUACGGGACGGUGGAAGGCGACGGGGUCCACCCAACUUCACGCGGCCCCUUCGACGACGACGCUUACAUUGGCUAUGAUCCAUCGCAGCGCUACGACUUCGGCGUUCCGCCAGCGGCGGAGGAAGACGACGGCGGUAUGCCUAAUCCGCCGCCGCCGCCCAACGAUUACUUCGGCGGCGAUAGCCUGCAGUCGCCUGAGAGUUACGGCUUCGUAGGUUCUGUGAAUCAGGAGUACUCGCCGUCGCCAUUCGAAGCCUCGCCGCCGCAGGAUUCUCAUGCGUCCAAUAUCCAUUCCAAGCCUUACGAUAUCGGAGCUGAUUCUGAGGGCCUCUUCAGCUCCGCCGGCGACGGCGGCGGAAAUGGUCCCCUGCUUCCUGACCCUAGCCAGAUGAAGGAGGAAGGAGCCGCAUUUCGUGAGUGGCGCCGUCAAAAUGCAAUAUUUCUUGAGGAGAAGGAAAAGAAGGAAAAGGAAAUGCGGAAUCAGAUCAUCCAUGAAGCUAAUGAAUACAUCCGAACAUUUUACGAGAAAAGGAAGCAAAAUUAUGAGACCACCAAAGCACACAAUCGAGAAAGUGAAAAGCUGUAUCUGGCGAACCAAGAGAAAUUCCAUAAAGAAGCUGAUAAACAAUACUGGAAGGCGAUCGCAGAGCUAGUACCUCGCGAGGUAGCUAACAUAGAGAAAAGGGGACGAAAGAAGGAAGAAGAAAAGAAACCUGGAAUCACUGUGGUUCAAGGUCCAAAGCCUGGGAAGCCAGCUGAUCUUUCAACAAUGCGUCAAAUUUUUCAGAAGCUCAAGGUAAAGCCCCCACCCCAUAUGAUACCUCCUCCUCCCCCUCCUGCCAAGGACCAAAAGGAUGGGAAAAAAGACGACACCAAUAAGCAGGAAACAACAAAGGAUUCAAAAUUAGAUAAUGAAGCAGCCAAGGAUAAUGGAAAAGCUACAAAUGAGGCGAAUAAGAAGGACGACAACAAGGUUGUCACACCAACUGAUGACAAGCCCGUUGAACCACCUAAAACGGAAAUACCUGCUUCUGUUUCAAGUGAAGGUGAAAAAGAAAAGAAAGUUGACACUGAUUCAACCUCGCAUGCAUCUUAGGGAUGCAGAUCAGAGCGUUGAGUUUUUUCUGAUCUUUCUAGAUGAUUUUCACUUCAUUCAUGUUAAUUAGCUCCUAGCAUUACAUUACAACCAGGUGGAGAAAUAAGAUAAGAAGAGUUUUAAUUUGUUUCUGAUCUGCUGUCCUGCAACAAGCUAAGUUCUUGUUUAGUGUAAUGACGACAAAAGAUUUGAUCCAA